AUGGGCAGUAAACUCACCUCCAAGCAAGAAGUCCUCCAAGCCAUCCAGACCGCUCAGGCUCUGGCGCAGGGGUAUAUCAAAAGUGGCUUCGCGACACAAGAAGAUCGUUAUGAGCUCUCCACCGCUGCCAUGGACAUGACGAAUGCCUGUCAACUGCCCAUUGACAUUGCCGUGAGGGUCAUCCUGGAGGGACCAUGUGUGUCUGCUGCAUUGAGAGUGGCGAUUGCAGGAGGCUGGACGGAUGUGUUGAAAGAGAGAGAAAGCACUACUGCAGAUGAGUUGGUGGAGAGGUGUGGUGGUGACAAGAGUGUCGUUGUUCGUAUCAUGAGAGUCUUAACCGCCAGCAAAAUCGCUCGCGAAGGAGGCUUCCAGACCUACGCAUCCACGGAUGUUAUGAACACACUCCUUCAGCCCGGCAUAGUAGACAUGUUCAACCACAGCACCGACACCGUCACAGCAAUCCUCUCCAAACUCCCCCUCUACCUAACCAACACCUCCUUCACCGAACCCACCACCCAAGGCACCGGCCCCCACGCCUUCACCUUCGGCGCGCCCUUCUGGAAACGCCUCUCAGCCGAACCUCUCCUCGCCGAAGCCUUCAACCGUGGCAUGACAGUCUCGCACACCGCCCGCGGCCUCCCCGCCGAGUGUUUUCCCUUCUCCACCGAAACCGCCGCCCUAAACCUCUCCCCGCAAGACGUCUUCCUCGUCGACAUAGGCGGCGGCAUGGGCCACCAAACCCGCCUGAUCCAGCAGAAAUUCCCUUCCAUUCCCGGCCGCGCCAUCGUGCAGGAUCUUCCGCAUGUCGUCGCCCACGCUUCUUCCCAACAAGAGCAACAGGAAACGCAAACGACCGGGAUCGAGUUCCAAGCCCACGAUAUGUUCGCGCCUCAACCCGUCCACGGCGCGGCGUUCUAUUUCCUCUCCGCGAUUUUGCACGAUUGGACGGACGGGCCUUGUUUGGAGAUUUUGGGGCAUGUGAGGGGGGCUAUGAGGAAGGGGUAUUCGAGGGUCUUGGUUGCGGAUUGGGUGUUGCCGGAUCAGGGGGCGAGGUUGGCGGAUGCGUGUCAGGAUUUGUGGAUGUUGGCGGACGUCUGCGGCAAAGAGCGCACCAAAAGCGAAUGGGAACACCUCCUCACCCAGGCAGGCCUGAAGAUAAAAGAAAUCCACCGCGCAGGCGUAGCGCAAAUGUUAGAGAUAGAAACGUCAGAGUAG